AUGAUAAGUGAGCAGCUCAGUGUUGCAACCGGCAUACCGGAACCAACCCUUCGUUUAAUACUCACCAUUUUAUUCUCUUAUCCUACCGCUCUUUUCUAUCGUUUCCUAUUCUUACGUCCUUUGAAAACUAAAUGGGCGCCUUUUCUUCGUAACCUAUACUGCUUAAUCACCGGCUUGCUACUAUCCUACUUUUACAAUCGUUCUAAUAUCAAACAUUCUCUUUUAACCACGGUGGUAACUUGGACAUUUUGUUAUUUAGGAACAAUUAUAAACAAUAGACGAAUUUCUUGUGCUGCAGCGUUUAUAUUUAACUUUACAUACUUAUUGUGUGGUUAUUAUUUUAAUGCAACUGACGAUUACGAUAUUAAUUGGACAAUGACUCAAUGCGUUCUAUGUUUGAGAAUGAUUGGAUUUGCGAUGGAUUUUAUGGACGGAGAAAAAUUAUUAAAAUCCAAUCCACCAAAAAAUCAAUUAAUUAAUGAUAAAAAAGUCACAUCAUCGGUCACACCACCACCAUCAUCAUUAAAUGGCACCGAAUUAACAGCAAGAAAUCCAGCACCAAAACUACCAAGAUCAUUCGAAAAAAAUAUUCAAUUGGCAACGCUUCCAUCAUUAAUCGAAACGAUCGCAUAUGCACAUUUCUUUGGAGCGUUUUUGAUUGGUCCACAAUUUUCCUUUCAUCUCUAUCGAAAAUUCAUCACAAUGUCUAUAUUCCCCGAUGCAAAUAAAAUCCCCCCGGGAUCUUAUAAACAUGCCUUGAAAUGUUUUACGUUGGGUGCUUUGUAUUUGUUGGUAAGACAAAUCGGUGCUGGGUCCUUUCCAGCUUCGUAUUUAUUGACUGAUGAAUAUCUGAAUCUACCGUUCUUUAAACGAUUGUUGAUCAUGUGGGCAACUGGUAAAUUUGCAUUCAGUAAGUAUCUUGGAGUAUGGAGUUUGACUGAAGGAUCUUGUGCAUUGUCAGGGAUUUCAUUUAAUGGAUAUGAUGAUAAUGGUAAACCAGAAUGGAAUUGUCUAUCUAAUGUUGACAAGUGGAAAUUUGAAUUUGCAACAUCAUUGAAUGCAAUAGUUGGAUCUUUUAACACCAACACAAAUCUGUGGACCAAAAUUUAUAUUUUCAAAAGACUUAUUUUUCUUGGAAACAAAAAUUUGUCCAACAUAGGUGCACUUUUAUUUCUUGCAUUAUGGCAUGGACUACACAUUGGCUACUUUAUAUGUUUCUCGUUAGAAUUUCUAGAUAUGGAAGGUGAAAAACGGUGGGCAAAACGAUUUGAAAGUUACACCAAACCUUUAUACUACAAUGACAAGGAAAGUCUUAGUAGCAUUAAAACACAAACGUUGAAAAAAUUACAUCUUUUGUUGUGUUGGAUCGGACAAACUAGUGCUUUAUAUUAUUCAAUGAUUUCAUUUGAGUUGUUGAAACUUGAACACAUUGUAAUCGCUUAUAAUUCUGUUUAUUGGAUUGUUAAUGGCGAAGUCAUUGUUAAUGGUGGAUUAAAAGUUAAAGCAGACAUUAAAAUAUAA